AUGGCGUGCAAACCUCCUGUGACGAUGGGAGCUUUCGAGGGCGCCGUCUCAACCUCCGCAACACCCAACGAAGAAACACCCCUGAUCCGUUCUCGACGGCGACACUCUUUCCAACACGCGAGACGCUCUUCUUGCGACUAUGACGCUGAUGCGGUGUUUCUUCGGGUCGAGGUUUUUCUUGUGGAGUUAGAGAGGCGCCUACAAUGGCUGGAAGAAUAUCGAAAGUCUCACAUGGAACAAAUAGAUGCCAGCAUGCGGAGAGGAUAUGCAACAUUAGAAGCCGUCCGGGACUCUUGCUGUGCUGCUUCCGGUGAAUUGAUGGGCAGCGGCAAGAAGCGAGCAAAGAUUUUGGUGGAAACACUCGAGGAGCGAUACAACGAUGCGCUGACGACGAAGGAAACGCUUAGUGAGAAGGCUUAUGCAGGCAUGCGGCUGAUGGACUCGUUUCUAAGCGACAUUGAGUCACGGGCACAACUCGUCCGCGAGGCAGGCAUAUCCGGUGCAUUCGACGAAGGCUGGAAAGCCGUUGACUCCGGGUUGGUCCAUGCCCGGGAAGCCGUCGAUGAGGGAAUGGAGAGUAUGCGGAGGGCCAAGGAAGCAAUGCGCGAAAGCAUAGAUCGUGCUAUUGGAUUGGCACAAGAGAAACGUCUCAUCCAUUACCAUGAUUUGCCGCAGCCGUGGAGAAUCAACCCACACAUCUUGCAGGGCUAUCGAUUCACCGCAUCCCCCGUGGAAUGCAUAACGUCCGUCUUCAGAUUCUCCAAUGAGCUAGUAAAUAUCUGGUCUCAUUUGAUUGGGCUUUUUAUUGUCUUGUCAAUUGCCUUUUACUUUUAUCCCCUCAACCCGAACUUCCUUCUCAGCACAAAAGCGGAUGUUAUGAUCGCAGCAGUUUUCUUUUUUGCAGCAUGCAAGUGCCUAGUCUGCAGUACAAUGUGGCACACGAUGAAUGGAAUUGCGAAUCAAAAAGUAUUAGAGCGAUUUGCCUGCGUUGACUACACGGGAAUAUCUUUCCUCGUCGCAGCAUCGAUCAUGACUACGGAAUACACAGCCUUUUAUUGCGAACCCACGUCCCGUCGGAUAUAUAUCUUUCUCACGUUCUCUCUCGGCGUCGGCGGCGUCAUCCUACCAUGGCACCCGACAUUUAAUCGAUCUGACAUGGCCUGGGCCCGAGUCGCUUUCUUCAGCUUCAUGGCCCUUACGGGAUUCGCACCUUUGAUUCAACUUAGCUAUUCUCGCAGCUUUGAAUGGUGUCUUUACUUUUACGCUCCAGUCAUGAAGAGCAUCCUCGUCUAUGGUCUUGGGGCUUGCGUCUAUGCGUCUCAGAUCCCCGAGCGUUGGUGUCCCGGUUGGUUUGAUUAUUGCGGAGGGAGCCAUAAUAUCUGGCACAUUGCUGUUCUCGGUGGAAUCCUAUUCCAUUAUUUCGCCAUGCAAGAACUAUUUGCCGGUGCAUUUCAACGCGCGGCAGGCGAAUGUCCUCGGUUAACUGCAUAG